GCUUUUUAGAAGAAAAAAAGAUAUUUUUUUCUCUCAAAAAUCAUCAUGAGUAUCGCUGUAAGUGAGUCAGAAGAUUCAGACACUAACCUGUUAAAAGAAACAGUAGAGAAUGGAAUGCAUAAGAGUAAAAUUUUUGACGAAACAAUAGAGAAUGGAAUGCAUAAGAGUAACAUUUUUGACGAGACAGUAGAGAAUGGAAUUCGAAAAAGUAAAAUUUUUGAAGAAACAGUAGAGCAUGGAAUACAAAAGAGUAAAAUGUUUGAAGAAGAAGACCACAACACGAAUGAAAAUAAUGUGGGAUGUUACGAUAGAUUUUUUAGACCAUGUGUGGUAGAGUUUAUGGCAUCGUUGCUCUUUGUUUGUUUAGGAUGCAUGUCAGUCCAAAACCCUCUUGGUGCUAACAUUCCACUACCCUCAGCAGUAGCAGUUUCUCUGUGUCAUGGAUUCCUAGCUGCUGCACUUAUAACCAUAUUUGGUAAUGUCAGUGGCGGUCAUUUUAAUCCUGCAGUUACUCUGGGAUGUGUUAUAAGUAGAGCUUUAAACCCAUUGCUUGGACUUUUUUACUUUCUUUCUCAAAUCGUUGGAAGUAUUGCAGGAGCAUUUAUAGCUAGGGCGAUUUUGCCAAAGGAAUCCUACGUCGCUAUUGCUGGUGGAGCUCACAUACUAACAGCUGUGGGCCCUGGUAAAGGUAUUGUGUGUGAAAUGAUUCUUACAGCAUUACUAGUGUUUACUGUUUUACAUUCGUUUGUUAAUGACCGACCUAAAGAUUCCAAUUUACUAGGACCUAUCGCGGUUGGAUUUGCCCUUACUGCAUCACUUUUAGCUGGGAUUGGAAUUACCGGAGGAUCAGUGAAUCCCAUCCGAAGUUUUGGACCAGCUGUAGCUCUAUCAAGCAUAAGUACAGAUGCAUGGACACAUCAUUAUGUUUACUGGGUAGGACCUAUUUGUGGUUCAAUUAUAGCUUCCCUCUUCUUCAUAUUAUUAACAGCUGAUGCUGGAAAGAGAUGCUGUUUGCAAACUAAGAAAUAAUUCAUCCUUCAUUUUCAAUGACUCAACCCCGAACCAUUUUUAUUACCAAUAUUUAUCCAUCAAUUUAGUGUGAUUAGCUGAACAGUUUAGAAGUCUUUUAGAAUUGUAAAUUUUGACAUAUACUUGACCACUUAAAAUAAUUUGUGUUGAUGUACAUACAAUCACUUUACCUACUGAUCUAGCAAAACCAGUCGUGAUAUAUUUUUCAUUUGAGAAAAUACAUGCAUAUAUUCUUAACUAUCACGAUCAUCACUAUCAUUCAUUGCUAAUGGUUUUGCUUUUAAUUUGUUUGCUGUGAUUCAAGUUCCUGAUAUUAUUUUAAUAAUUUGUGAAUGG